AGAGAGAGAGAGAGAGCGUGUAAAAGAGAGAGUACAGAGGCUCCUCCUCGUCCGCUGCCUGCGUUUCUUGUGUGUUUUUUCCGCCUGUUCUUCACUCACACUCUCGCUCAGCAGACAUCCAGUGGUGGAGGGCAAAGAUUCUCACUGGCAAAAGAUGGAGAGGAUGCAGGGGGAUGGAGAGGUGGAUCACCUGGAGCAACCAAGCCCACUGACGGACAAGGAGCGGGUGAUGAUCCAGGACUCCUGGACUAAAGUCUACCAGAACUGUGAUGACGCUGGCGUGGCAAUACUAGUCAGGCUGUUUGUGAACUUCCCCUCAUCCAAGCAGUUCUUCAGCCAGUUCAGGCACGUCGAGGAGCCAGAGGAGCUGGAGCGCAGCGCCCAGCUCAGGAAGCACGCUCACAGGGUCAUGACCGCCAUCAACACGCUGGUGGAGAGCCUGGACAACUCGGACAAGAUGGCCUCUGUGCUGAAGCUGGUGGGCACGGCCCACGCAGUCCGGCACAAGGUGGAGCCUGUGUACUUCAAGAUCUUGAGUGGUGUGAUACUGGAAGUCCUGGAGGAAACGUUCCCAGAGGUCGUGACACCGGAGGUGGCCGCGGCGUGGACCAAACUCCUGGCUACAGUCUACUGCGGCAUCACAGCCGUCUACGAGGAAGUGGGCUGGAAUAAGCUCUCGACUUCCACUGGGUGAAACAUUAAGUCUGGUCUCACCUGGGCCCUGCACACAGAGAGACUCCUAUUUUUAUUUUUUUAUUCUUUAGUUUGGCCAGAGCCUCAUUAAAGACGCGGAGGUUUUGAUGUAAUCUAAGAUACUAACGGGCGAUGGAACCCACUAAUUUUGUACUCGUGUAAAGGACCAAACCAUUUAACGGAGCGAGCAAAGAGGAAGAAAAUGCACACGUAAACCCAACAGUGGUCAAGAGGUCACAUUUGACUUGGAUGUGCCUUCUACUGAAUGUGUAAACUGCCAUGUACUGUAUUUUUUUGAGAAUAUAGGACGAGAUGUUGAAUAUCCCUUGUACGUUUGAAGGUCAUCAUCAUCCUUCCAAGUAUCGUGAGGUUUUUACUGAUGUUUCCUUGUCUGUAUGCACUUGUGUCUCCCACUUAUUAAUCAGGCCGGAAAGACAUUUUUUAUAUUUUUUAACAAUUAAUCGUUACGACUUCACUUUUUUUUCUUUCAAUAUGACUCACCUUUGUAUCUGUGUUCAACACACUUUUUAAAAAUAAAACCACAGAGAAAACCA